AUGGCUAACCAUAACAGUAGACACACCAUCAUCUUGUUGCAAAAUUCUCACAACAGAGCUACCAGGACUUUUAUGGACUACGACUCUAUAGGCCAAGCUAUGGAUGGUAUUUGUGGCUUGUAUGAAAGGAAGUUGAAGGAAAUUAAUCCAUCUCUCCGAAAUCUUAGUUAUGACAUUGCUGAUCUUUACAAUUUCAUUGACGGCCUUGCUGACAUGAGCGCUUUGGUCUACGAACACUCGAUGAGUGCGUAUCUGCCAUAUGACAGGCAAUGGAUUAAGCAGAAGGCAUUUAACCAUCUCAAGAGACUUGCCAAUGGAGGCAGGUAA